AAUCAAUCAAUUUCACCUCAUCUUGAACUAUUUUGCGUCAGUUCUUUGAAUUUUAUGUAAAUCUUAAUUUUGAAUUUACAUCUUAUGUGGUCUGAUCUGAAUUUAAGGCAAUCGCUAGCUAUUGCUCUUUCCUUUAUCUGUAUAGGAACAUUUAUAUUUCACAAUUUAUUAGGUUGAAUUAUGAUUAUAGAUAAUUCAGCUUUACAUCGUUGUACAAGGGGCACGAUUAUAAUUUAGGUUUUCUUGUUUGUGCGCCUAAUUUUCCGUCCAAAAAGCUAUUUUUAAUUCAAUUUCAAGGUUAUAGCAAAUUGCCCUUUACAAGUCACAUUCAAACUUAGAGAUUUUUUCAAUGCCUUAAAGAAUGAAAUAGAGGUGAAGUGCAUAUCUGUGUGCCAAUAAGAGAUAUCGGGUGAAAUGCAGAACUCAACUACCAGGGCAUAUGAGAGUUCUUCUUCCUCAGGAAAUAGCAGCAACGAUGCUGGUGAUUUUGAAUGUAACAUCUGCUUUGAAUUGGCACAAGACCCUAUUGUGACACUUUGUGGCCACCUCUAUUGUUGGCCAUGUCUCUAUAGAUGGCUACGGCUUCAUUCACAAUCCCAUGAAUGUCCUGUUUGUAAGGCCCUUGUACAAGAGGAGAAGUUAGUCCCUCUUUAUGGAAGAGGGCGGACUUCAACUGAUCCCAGAUCAAAACCGAUUCCUGGGGUUGAAAUUCCUAACAGGCCAGCAGGGCAAAGACCUGAAACGGCUCCUCCGCCAGUAUCAAAUGCUUUUCCUAAUCUCGGUUUUGGUCACGUGGGAGGAUUUUUUCCAGGAGCAACUGCUAGUUUUGGUAACUUUACAAUGUCUGCUGGUUUUGGCGGGUUGUUUCCAUCGUUGUUCAGUUUUCAGUUUCAUGGAUUUCCCAGUCCAACUGCAUUUGGUGCAACAUCAAAUUACCCAUUUGGAUAUCCUCCUGCAUAUCGUGGGGCGAAUGUUCAUAAUGCUGCACGGCCUGCCCAAGGACAGGCAGAUAACAAUCUGAAGCUUAUGUUCUUACUUGUUGGAUUUCUUGUGUUCCUAUGUUUGUUUGGUUACUGAAUAAACUUUCCUCUUCAUCUCAGACAGUUGGUUCCUGAUCUAACUUGUAGUAAUCAUUCUUAAUGGUUGUAAAUAUGUUGAAUUUUUGCACUCAUGAUAAAGUUGCUACAGAAAAAGGAACUGAUGUGCUUAUCGGAUCCUGCACUUUGCCUUUUCUGUGUAACAUAUUUUUUGCUAGCCACAUCGCCUAGUUUUUCC